AUGAAGAAGAAGGUUAACACAGAAACAACGCAGAAACAAGGCGGCUCCGCCACAUUGACUCGCGCCCGAGACAAUCAACGGCGGUCGCGUGCCCGCCGCAAAGAGUACAUUCAGCACCUUGAGCAACGGCUACGAUCUUUCGAAAGCCAAGGAGUGGUCGCAUCACAAGAAAUUCAACAAGCGGGGAGAAAGGUUGCGAACGAGAAUUCUCUUCUCCGGUCACUGCUUCUGCUUCGUGGAGUGACUCAGGACGAAAUUGAAGACUUUCUCAAGUCUCAUGCAGAGCAUACUACUCCACGAGUAAUUGUCGGAUCAACGUCACCACACCAUGGACUGCCUAUGGAUUUUGUCGUUUCAGGAAGAGCUUGCGAUCGAAAACCAAGUACUUUGCCGAGGGGAGAUGAUUUCGAUGAAAGCAGGGACCAAUGUCGAUCUGUCGAAGUCCAUGCGAAUAGCAAUACGUAUGAAUUGACGACCAAUCAACCGUCGACAAGAAUCCAAACCAACAUACCUGAGAAUGCACCUACACUUCAACGAUACAACAAGGGUCAUCAGGAACAGGGCCAGUUUACAUCGUGCGAGAGUGCAGCCAGAAUCAUUGCAAGUUUGCGGGGCUAUAGCGAUACCAAUGACCUACGAUCAGAGCUUGGCUGCGGCGUAGAAGCAAAUUGUAUGGUCAAGAAUUUGUCCCUCUUUGAGAUGCUCGAUAAAUAA